AUGACGAAGUCCAGUUUAAGGCAGUUGGUGAAAGAAGAACACCAAUUGCAGUCAGCGUUGGAGAAUGUGCAAAAGUUUGUGGAUAAUUUCGACGAAACUCGUGAUCAAGAUGUGGUUGAAUUUCGUUUAGUGAAGCUAGAUGAGAUUUUCGACAGAUUCUGUGCAGUGAGAGUGAAGAUUGACGUGCUUUUAGAGGAAACUGGUGAAGACUAUGAAAGUGCUGGUGACGAUGAAGGUGCUAACAGUGUGAAGUCCAUUCCUACCCGCACUGACAGUGUCCGUACCUACCAGGAUUUCGAGAACUCGUACUUUCGACUGAAGUCAGCACUGUCUGCAAAACGACCCAGAACCCAACUAGGAGUUGUGGAGCGUCAACCUGCGGUUGUAGGUGUUCAGCCAUCACGAUUGAAGUACCCGGAGCUGAAGUUACCGUCGUUUUCCGGAAAGCUGCAGGAUUGGAUCAAUUUUCGAGAUAAUUUCCGAUCGCUGAUUCACGACAACGCUGAGCUGAGUCCCAUCGACAAGUUUAAUUACUUGCGAGCUUCGUUGAGAGAUGACGCGCUACUGCAGAUCAACCAAGUGCAAGUGAGCGCUGCAUCGUACCCAAUUGCCUGGGGAAUCCUCGAAGCGAAGUAUGAAAAUCAUAAGCUGAUUGCUCAUGAGCACCUGAAAGCGCUGUUUGCAGUUCCAUCAAUGAAGUCGGAGUCUUUCGAAGCACUGAACGUUGUCCUAACGACGUUCAAGGUCAAUCUACAGCAGUUGGAGAAGCUGGGGGAAAACACCAACAAUUGGAGCACUCUUCUGGCGUUCAUGCUAUCGCAGAAGCUAGACACCGCUACGCUCCGCCAAUGGGAGACUCAUCAUGGGUCCAAGGACAUCCCACGAUAUGACGCCUUGCUAGACUUUCUGGAUAAGCAUUGCGCGAUUCUGCAGUCUACUUCGACACGGAGUGGAUUUGAGCAAAAACGUCCGUUCAAGAGCUCAGCUGUUCACACUCUAGUGCCAUCCGCCACCAGCAGUUGUCAAAUCUGUAACGGUGGACAGCAUAGCGUUGAGCAGUGUCGUCGCUUCAGCAAGAUGCGAGUGGUGGACAGAAAACUGGCGAUUCGAAGACUUGGACUCUGUUUGAAUUGCCUAUCUUCCGGACACUUCGUGGCAGAUUGUUCCAGACGUACGUGUUCCAAGUGCGGUCAACGUCAUCAUUACUUGCUGCAUCCGUAUUCUCCACCCACUUCUACCCCUCAGAAUCCGACUCCGAAUACCCCGAACAGGCCUCAAGCCGCGAACGCGAACACAAAUGCUCAAACACAGUCUCGUCCUCAGUCUCAAGGACAUCAAUCGCAAUCGAAUUCUCAAGGCCAAUCCCGGAUGAAUAAUACUCAAACAAAUCCACAAACACCUCCCGUCCAAAACACUUUUCCGCCACAUACACGACAGUCACCUCCCACAAAUACACCGACUACUUCUCACCACACUGCUACUUCACACAACAUUCGGAGUCAGCGAACUACUACACUUCUGUCAACCGCGCUCGUGAAGCUCGCCGAUCGAUUCGGAAACACAGUCAUUGCUCGUGCGUUGUUGGAUAACGGUUCGCAGAUAUGUAUGAUCACGGAAAACCUGUCUCAGCGGUUGAACUUCAAGCGGUUCCAUGAAAAUCUACCGGUAAAUGGUGUUGGUGGUGCUUCAUCGGUAUCCAAACAGUCAGUGUUGGCGAGAAUCCUGUCGCGUUGUUCGUCGUUCGAAACUGAAGAAGUGAAAUUCUACGUGCUGCCUCGGAUAACGUUGAAUCUGCCGCAGCAAAGCUUCGACAUCAGUACUUGGAAGCUGCCGUCCGACAUCUGUUUCGCUGAUCCAGGCUUCCAUGAGUCCAGUGCCGUAGAUGCAAUCCUUGGCGUAUCCGUCUUCUACGAUUUGCUGAUGGGAGAGCAGACUCUCGGAGUCUAUGCAGUCACCGCUUCAGUUUCCACGGAAGAGAUCCACGAGCAGUUAGCACGCUUUUGGGAACUGGAAUCCUGUAGAACGAGGAGCUGUCUUUCCAUCGAGGAGUCUACGUGCGAGUCGAUCUUCGAGCAGACUACGACGAGAGAUCCUGAUGGCAAGUUUCGGGUAGUGUUACCAAAGAAGGAGUAUGCGUUGAAGCAGUUAGGCGAGUCCAAAGCGAUUGCUACCAAGCGGUUCAUGGGACUAGAACGUCGCCUAAACGCGAACCCGGAAAUGAAGGCUCUGUACACAGAAUUCAUCCACGAGUACCUGCUGAUGGGUCAUAUGCGAGAAGUUCGUGACGACGAGGAAGAGCCGAAACACAGUUACUACUUGCCGCAUCAUGCAGUCCUGAAACCUGACAGCACCACGACGAAGCUCAGAGUAGUUUUCGAUGCGUCGUGUGCUACAGACACCGGAGUUUCCCUGAACGAUACCCUGAUGGUGGGACCGGUGGUACAGAGUGACCUCUUGUCCAUUCUGAUUCGCUUCCGACUCCAACAGUAUGCAAUCGUCGCUGAUGUGGAAAAGAUGUAUCGCAUGAUCAACGUAGUCGAAGAGGAUCAACCGCUGCAGAGGAUUCUUUGGCGAGAGUCCGUAGAUGAGCCACUCCGAACGUACCAGCUGACGACCGUGACCUACGGUACUUCUGCCGCACCGUAUCUAGCAACACGGAGCUUAAAGAGAUGCGCAGAGGAGGGAGAGCAGACGAAUCCACCCGCAGCCAAAACCAUCAAGAAGGAUUUCUACGUCGACGACAUGCUAACUGGAGCGAAGUCUGUGAAGGAAGGAAUACGGCUGUGCAAGGAUGUCCUGUCGCUACUUGGUUCCUUUGGUUUCAACCUCCGGAAGUGGCAUUCCAAUCAGCCUGCGAUUCUGAAGAGCAUUCCACGUCACCUGCGUGACGAGCGAGAGCUGCUGGAUAUUGACGCGACAUCUACAGUGAAGACCCUCGGCUUAACCUGGGAACCGGCGACAGACUUGUACUGGUUCAAAACACCUCGCUGGAGCCCGAUGCUGCCAGUGACACAGCGUAUCGUACUGUCUGAUUCCGCACGUUUAUUCGAUCCGUAUGGUCUUGUAGGGCCAGUGAUCGUGCAGGCGAAGAUGUUUCUCCAAGAACUUUGGAAACGGAAGUAUUCUUGGGACGAACCGUUGAGCGCAGAUCUGCAAUCACAGUGGCUCGAGUUCAGAACGAACUUGGAUCGAAUCGAUGCAGUUUCCGUACCCCGCUGGAUCGCAUUCAGCGAUAAUGUGAUAUCAUGCGAACUACACGGAUUCUGUGACGCCUCAGAAAAGGCGUACGGAGCAGCAAUAUACCUACGUUGCGUUGCACAAGAUGGAACAGUUACAGUCCGGCUGGUGAUGGCUAAGUCCAAGGUAGCUCCAUUGGAAGACUUGAGCAAGAAGAAGAAAAGGCAGUCAAUACCCCGACUCGAGUUAUCUUCGGCACUGCUAUUGGCGCACUUGUACGAGACAGUAGCAGAAAGUAUUCAGAUCCCAGCGAAGACAUUCUUCUGGACCGACUCGACUAUCGUGAAGUGUUGGCUUUCCUCCCAUCCGUCCAGAUGGCAAGCGUUCGUCUCCAACAGAGUGUCAGAGAUCCAGCAUAUCACUCGAGAAGGCGUUUGGAACCACGUACCUGGCGUCGAGAACCCGGCAGAUGUAAUAUCUCGAGGUGUAACACCGCUGGAGCUUGCCGAAUGUUCAAUCUGGUGGAACGGGCCGACCUGGCUCCAAGAAGACCCGAGUGCUUGGCCGAAGACGCGUAGCAGCCCAGAACAACAGUUUGAUUCAGUAACGUUGGAGGAAAAACCGCUAGUGACAGCAGCGCUGCAGAUGCUACCGCCCAGUGAGAUCUUCAUCCGCUAUUCGUCUUUGUUGAAGCUAUUAAGAUCAACUGCUUGGAUACUUCGUUUUGCCAACAACUGCAGAACUGGAAAUCGAGCCUGCAGACGAAGUGGAGUCCUGAACGCGAAAGAACACGAAGAAGCUUUGAUCGCAUUAGUGAAGCUGGCGCAGUCAGAGUGUUUCCCAGUGGAAUUGGCAGAUCUAGCAGCGAAGGGACAAGUGAAACCCAGUUCGAGAUUGCAUACGAAGGAUCCGUGUCUGCGAGAUGGAUUAAUUCGUGUUGGCGGAAGACUUCGCCAUGCUCCAGUGUCGUUCAGCAGAAAGCAUCCGAUUGUGCUAGACAGCAAUCACCCGCUGACGAAGCUGAUAAUGGUUGACUACCAUCACAGACUGCUCCACGGAGGAGCGCAGCUGAUGCUAUCCUGUAUGAAGGAGCGGUUCUGGCCGCUGUCCGGAAGAAACCUAGCACGGAAGGUAAUGCACGAAUGCGUAACCUGCUUCAGAGCUCGUCCACGAGCCCACGAACAGUUGAUGGGGGACCUGCCGAUGGAACGAGUGACUCCUGCUCCUGUUUUUCUUCGCGUCGGAGUCGACUACUGUGGUCCGUUCAACGUUCGUCAAGCGUCUCGUAAGGCAGCACCAAUCAAAUGCUACCUGUGCGUGUUCGUCUGCCUGGUAGUGAAGGCGGUACACAUAGAGAUGGUAGCAGAUCUCACUACGGAAGCAUUCAUGGCGGCACUGAGACGAUUCGUGUCGCGGCGUGGGAAGCCAGAAGUGAUCUUCUGCGACAACGCUACGAACUUCGUAGGAGCGCGUCGAGAAAUCAGUGAAUUGCAUCGUUUGUUCCGAACCGAACAGUUCCAGAACGCAGUUGUGACGGAAGCAGCCAGCAAUUCGAUCGAGUUUAAGUUCAUUCCUGCGAAAACGCCGAACUUCGGCGGAUUAUGGGAAGCGGCCGUAAAGUCUCUGAAAGGCCACAUGCGUAGAGUGAUAGGGAAUACCGUACUCCGUCAGGACGAACUGCUGACUGUUGUUACGCAUAUCGAGGCAUGUCUGAAUUCGAGACCGAUCACUCCGAUUAGCAACGACCAUCGAGACCUGGAAGCAUUGACCCCCGGACACUUUUUGGUGCAGCGUCCGCUAACAGCGAUUCCGGAACCGAGUUUGGAGGACAUCCCGGAGAACCGACUGAGCAGAUGGCGCUUGGUUCAGCGUUACAGUCAGAUGCUGUGGAGGCGAUGGUCUACGGACUAUCUGUCAGAUCUCCACAACCGUAACAAGUGGACGCGAAGAAGGGAUAACCUGCAUAUCGGAACAAUGGUGUUACUAAAGGAGGAUAAACUACCGCCGCUGCAGUGGCAGCUUGGACGCGUUACGGAGAUUCACCCGGGAGCAGAUGGCAUCGAACCGUCAGAUACCGCAGUCGCCAGUGGCAAGUUCCUAUUCUACCGGACGUUGACAUCAGUGCACGGAUUCAUCGUCUACGUGAUGCGGACAUCGUCAUCGGUGACCAGCCGUAGGAGGACCAACCGAUCCUGUCCAGUCAGUGUACAAUCGCAUAUGUAUAAAGUGUUAGAGUAA